UUAAAAGCAAACUGAGAAACAAUCGAAAGGAACUUUUUUGAAAACUAUUGGAAUUUUUGCCAUUUGCAUUUUUAUUAUUAAUUAAAAGUUAUUAAUAAAUACAUAUUGUGACGAAUACACAACGCGCUUUCAACAGUUAACUGUGAUACACAGUGGAAAAUAGGCAAAAGCAAGCCAUAGGAAGCUUUGUGGAAAAUUAGAACAGUGAUUUACGAAAUAAUUGCUGGCAGUGUUAGCGGUAGCCGCACUUACUGCAAAGCACCCACAACAAACAGUCUACAGCUCCAACCGAUAACUUGGCGCACAAGCUAAAAGCCCAACGAAUUGUCGGAAAUCGUAAAUAUUUCAUUAACACUGCAUACUAAAGUUAUGGACAAAAUGCCAUCCAAACAGUUUGAAUCGAAACCAUGGCCAGAUUUGGCUGACAGCGACGACAGUGAUAUGGAAAAUGAAAUAGAUGUAGAUAAACUGCCACCUUUAGAAGUUGGGCCAAAUGAGAACAGGCUGCAGCAUACAUACUGCCUAUGGUUCUCACGAAAGGGGACACAUCGUGCCACGGAUUAUAGUAAAUCGCUACAUGUUGUUGGGCGUUGCGCUAGCGUACAACAGUGGUGGUCGCUAUAUUCCCAUCUUAUACGACCAACAGCGUUAAAACCUUAUCGAGAAUUAAGCCUUUUUAAACAAGGCAUAAAGCCGAUGUGGGAGGAUCCAGCAAAUACAAAAGGCGGUCAAUGGGUAAUACGUUUACGAAAGAAUAAAAUUGAUCGUGCGUGGGAAAAUGUUUGUAUGGCAAUGUUGGGCGAACAGUUUUUGGUUGGUGAUGAGAUAUGUGGAGUGGUAUUGACAACUAAAUAUCCGGAGGAUAGCUUAUCAGUUUGGAAUCGCACUGCCACGGAUCACACGAGUACGACACGUAUCCGCGAUACGCUACGUCGAAUUUUGAACAUACCUCUAACAACGGCAAUGGAGUAUAAGAUACACUGUGAUAGCCUUAAAUAUGUAGCAAUUAAUAAAGGCCCUUUGAAAAGCUGAAAUUCAGUAAAUACGUUCAACGCAACAAAAAUAAAAACAAUUGCAGAUGACGCGAAGGAGUAUGCAGAUAGUGAAGACAACAACAGUGGUAAAAGUAAUGGCAACAUCAAUAAUGCAGUCAACGGUACUAAUAGCAGCAGUAGCAAUAUCAAUAUCACCAUGAACAAUAUCAAUACCAAUAACAGCAAUAACUACAACAGCUAUAACAACCACAAAGACAAAUUUAACGGCAACAACUAUUUAUACAAACUUAAUAACGAUAUCUAAAUACAAAUACUAAUAAAAAAAAAAAUAGCAUGAAAAUGCUAUAUAAAUCCUAACCUCUAACAGCCAAAAAAGUUAGACAAAAUUCGCAAAUUCGGCGAAAUAAACUCAUACAUACAUACAUAUGUGUAUGUAUAAUUAGCAGCUAAAGCUUGAAAUUUAUUAAAUUGUAAAAUAAAAAUCCGUAAACCUCCGUUUGAAAGGCAAAAGAAACAUUUAUAACAGUGCAUUAUAUAAGUAAAAAGAAAAUAUGUAAUUUAUAUAGAAAUGAACGAAAAAUAGUGCUUUAACCGAUAAACAAGAAGUGACAGGUAGUGGCGGUGCUGCUGGCAGUAGCACUGCGCUACAUCCAACCUCAAAUUGAGCAUUAACCUCAACUCAAACCAACACAUACUCACAUACAUGUGUAUGUGUAUACUUACAGAAAGGCUUAUUUGUUUAUAUAUGUACAUAUGUACAUGUUUCAGAUUAAGCAAACAACAACUAUUCACAACUUAUCACAGUAACGCUUACAUACUCAACAAUAUGUAUAUGUAUAUGUAAUUAUAAAGUCUGUUGUUGCCAUGUAAAUGCAUUAAUAUGAGAAAAUAACGCUAUUAUUAAGUACUAUUUGUAUAUUUCAUUUGUCAUCUGUGCGUUCAAAUGUUGUACGCAAAAUUGUUUUUAAUUAAUAAUCAUUUUUGAAAUUAUUCUCUGAAA